CUUGUGCGCUUCCAGCAGCAGCAGCAGUCAGUCAGUCAGAACUUGUCACCAAGCCUAAGGAGUCGCAAUUCUCCGCUGCACUCAACGCACAACACAAAACACAAUCAACACACACGUUUUUUUCUGUUCACUCUAGAAAUACCAAAUAGCAAAUUUAUGUGCAUAAAAAGUUAAAUCAAAUAAAAUACUACUUCCAAACCAAAACCAAAUACAACUCAAAGCAAAAAAACAAAAAUAAAAGUAAACUACAACAACAACAAUUUAAAAAAGUAUCUAAAACAAAAACAAAAAUCAAAUCAAAUCAAAUUCUAAGAAUAUCGCAUAUAACCAGAAUGACAACAACAACAGCAACAGAGCUAAGUGCUCGUGGUGGUUUCACUGCACGUCACAAUAGUCGCAUUCAAGCGCGCAAAGACCACAAAUUGUCCAAACGCUCGAAUCCUGACUCCAGUGUUCGCCUCGAGGCAACCUCAGCCUCAGUGUCAGCGACAGCGACAGCCUCAACAACAUCCGAUCAGCGUCUGUCCCAUGAGACGCCAACAGCAACAGCAACGGCAACUACAACAUGUUGCACUCGUGUUAACGCGCAACAAAUUAUCUACAGUCCAUUGUUCACUUCACAUUAUUUGGUCCUUGCGGUGAUAUUAUUAGUGGCAACUGCGAGCUUUCCGGCGAAUACAAACGCGUCUCCAAUUCGCUUGAGCGGUCGCCAUUUGAUACUGAAACAUCGUCAUCACGUUCAUCUGCGGGCGGCUGUGAAUACGCCAGCGCCAACGAAAAUCGACUGCAGAAUGUUGUCGGAGCAAUUGAUCAACGUGACGAAGCUUGCGAAUGAAACUAAAAAUGAGAUUGAAGAGCUUUUGACGAUUUACGCGAAGAAUUACUCUUACGAAAACUUAAACGCAAGCAACCAUUUUUUUGAGCUUACAAGAUUUGCAGCUGAAGCAUGACCUUAUCGAAGAGGUCAAGGCCAAUGUGAACGAUACAUACGAUGCUUCUGAUGUUAAGUCCCUCGAUGAAGAGGUGGGAAAGAUAACGAGAACAUUGUACGUCCUUCAUCAAUUGUUCAGAGAUG